CAGGGGAUCAGCAGCUCCCCGAAAGUGAAAGCAUUCUGAAUCAGGAAGUGGCGAGAGUUAUGGCUUCGAAAGGACUGGUCGAGAGUUGGACCGAGGAGGUAAUUUGUCCCGUUUGCCUGGAUUUCUUCACCGAUCCGGUUAUACUGGAGUGUGGACACAACUUCUGUCGCUGUUGUAUCACACGUUGUUGGGAAAGGGAGGAGAGAAACUCCUGCCCGGAAUGCAGAGAGGUGUUUGCUGACCGCACCCUCAGGGUGAAUCGGGCCUUAGCAAAUCUGGCUGAAAAAGCUCGAAAUAUAUACCUGAAUCCGAAAGGGAAGGAAAAUAAACUUCACUGCGAGGAACAUGAGGAAGAACUGAAGCUGUUUUGUGAAACGGAAAAAACACUGAUCUGUGUGAUAAGUUGAGACACGCAAGAACACAGAGAACACCGUUUCAUGCCGAUUAAAGAAGCUGUUAAAAUCUACAAGGAUCAGCUAAAAUCUUCCUUAGACUCUCUCACAAAAAAGAAAUCAGACUUCCAGGAAAAGGAGCAGCAACAGAAAGAGAAGAUUUCCGGAGUUCGGGUGAGGCUUCCUGAGCGGAAUUUCUGAUAUUACUGUCGAGUUUUGCUCCAUUUAAUGCAGAAUAGCAGAGUAUCGCAGCUCCAGUGACCUGGGUUCGAUCCUGACCUCUGCUGCUGUCUGUGUGGAGUCUGCAUGCUCUCCCUGUGGCCAUGACAGUUUCAGACACAUUCCAAGGACCUGUUGGAUGAAUGGUUAAUUAUAAUUAACCCUGUGAAGGUGGGAGAGGGUGUAUGUGAAUCAGAUGGGAGUUAAUCGGUCAAUGUGGGAGAAUAGGUUUCAGGAAGGCGUGAGGGAAUGGGGUUGACGGGAAUGUCUCUGAAGUAGUAUGGACCCCAAUGGACCGAAUGGUCACCUUAAUGUCAUAAGGAAAUAGAACACAGCAAUGCAGUAAACUAAUCUUCACCUUUCAUUCGACAGAAACAGUCACACAGCGUUCAGUCCCACAUCACAUCCCAGUUUGCUGAACUGCGACAGACUAUCACUGAGAAAGAGCAGAGCUUACUCAGGGAUCUCAGGGAAGAAGAGAAGAGGAUUCUCAACCUAAUGGAGAAAAAUCUUCGGGAGAUUCAAGAGAAUAUAAGGAUUAUUCAGGAGAAAAUAUCAAAUUUUCUGCAACAGAUGGAUCAGAAAGAUGGUGUAUUAUUUCUCAAGGAGGAGGUUCGACAAAACAGGAGAAUCAGUGAUGAUGUCCAGGAAUUGUCAGUGAGAGAUGAGACCCUGCCGGUUGAAAAAUUCUAUCAUCCCUAUUUGUUGAACACAGUGCUGAGAGAAACACUUGAUGCUAUUAACCGAGUCUCUGUCACCCUGGAAGUGGAAACGGCGCAUCCGUGGCUCGAGGUGUCUGAGGAUCGGAAGAGUGUGAGAUUGACCCGGACCUGGAGGGAUCUCCCUGACACAGGGAAGAGAUUCACAGACCGGGCUUGUGUGCUGGGAUCGGAGGGAUUCACAUCGGGGAGACAUUACUGGGAGGUGGAGGUGACGGGGAUUCGUGUCUGGUGUCUGGGGGUCGCCGCAGAAUCUGUGGAGAGGAAGAGAUGGUGCAGACUGAGUCCGGAGACCGGAUUCUGGGUCAUCGGGCGGUUUGGUGACGUGUUACAUCGGGAUUAUGACGUGUUCGGUGGUUCCCCCUCCCCCGAGUCCCGUCUCGCUGCCGGUCCCAUCCCCGGGAGGGUGGGAGUUUAUCUCAGUUACGAGUCCAGGACAGUUUCAUUUUACAACGCGGAGACCAAGUCCCAUCUCCACACCUUCACUGGGAAUAAAUUCACGGGGAAACUUUAUCCUUUCUUCCGGACUGGGAAUGUAAACCAGUGGCUGAGAAUCUGCUCCGGUUCCGCUCCGGGUCUGUAAACAGGUCGGGUCCUGGGACCGGCGUCAGGAGUAAAGACCCUGUAAAUAUAAAUGUGCGGGGAAUGCAGCUAAAUACGUGGCUAAGGAGAUGGUGCAGGGGAGAGGGCUUCAUGUUUCAGGACAAUUGGGCUUUGUUCCCGGGAAGGUGUGGCCUGUUCCGACGGGACGGUUUGCCCCUGAACUGGAGUGGGACUAACAUCCUUGCGGGUAGA